GAAAUCAAAGAGUUAUUGAUUUCUACAACAAUUGAAAUAAUCACAUACCACCAAAAAAUAUGAAGAUAGUGAGAGAACUGUUAACACACUGAAUAAGAAAUAACAGUGUAAUGAUAGUGUAACAGACACUUCGUCUGUGCACACUUAAUUUUUGGAGAAAGUAGAGUAGGUAUUUGAAUAUAUGCAUGCACAUAUAUAUACAUGGGAGCUAAUUGUGAACCAGAUGGAAACACACAUUGACAGAUUGAUUGAUUAAAUGAAAUAGUAUUCUACGAAUUGUGUGUGUCUGUGUAUCAGGUGAAGCGAAGCCAAGUUACUGAAGCUAAAUGUGAUUUAGAGAGCUCAGUUAUAUACUAAACCCUAAGAUGAGUGAUCAGAAUCUCUAUAUAUAUAAAACUGUGUUUAUCAAGGUUUAAAAACAGUCGGUUUUUACUGAAUUAUUUGAGAAGAACUCUAACCAAAAAGGAUGGGUGAACGAAAAGCUGUUAUUAAAAAUGCUGACAUGAAUCCUGAUAUGCAAGAUGAUGCAGUCCAUGUUGCCGCUAGUGCAUUAGAUAAAUUUGAAGUGGAAAAAGAUGUAGCCGCUUAUAUUAAGAAAGAAUUUGAUCGUAAAUAUAAUCCUACAUGGCAUUGUAUAGUUGGAAGGCAUUUCGGAAGUUACGUAACUCAUGAAACUCAAAAUUUCAUCUACUUCUACCUCGAGGACCGUGCAGUACUGUUGUUUAAAUCUGGUUAGAUUGUGAUCUGUCAAUGAGAUCCAGUGAUUAGAAGAGUGAAUCAACAGACAAGAAAGAAAAAAUUGAGACCAAUAUAUUGAUUACAAUAUUACAGAAAACAACAAAAAAAAAUUUGUGCCACUUAUAUAAUACUUGUAUUUAUUUAUCAUUACAAUCUUGACUUAUGCUUAUAUUAGUUAAAUAAAAUAUUUUU